UAUUUCCAAACGUUAAGAUGAGCGGACAAGGCGAAAUCAAUUUAGAAGAUGAUGGGAAAUAUCAGAAAACUAAUAAACUAGAAUUUCUUCUGAAUGGAACUAAAAUCACUGUGGAUACAACAACGAUUACUCCUAAAACCACGCUUAAUGAAUAUCUCCGUAAGAAUUUAAAUCACACCGGAACUAAGUACAUGUGUUUGGAGGGAGGAUGUGGUGCUUGUGUGGUGGCUGCUACUUUCACGAAUCAUAAAUCUAAUACCAAAGAAACUAAAGCUGUCAAUUCGUGCCUAGUUACUGUUCUGAUGAUAGCUGGUUGGGAAAUCACAACUGUUGAAGGCAUUGGCAAUCGUGCCGACAGUUACAAUGAAAUUCAACAGAAAAUUGUUCAAUUUAAUGCCACUCAGUGCGGUUUAUGUACUCCUGGUAUGGUGAUGAACAUGUAUGCUCUGAAAGAAUCUGGUGUAACCAAAAUGGCUCAAAUUGAAAACUCUUUUGGUGGAAAUUUAUGUAGAUGCACAGGCUAUAGACCAAUUUUGUCAGCUUUCAAAUCAAUGGCAAAUGAUUCGGAUAAGAUGUUGUUAGGAAUUGUUCCUGAUAUAGAAGAUUUGCAACUUUGUUCCAAGAAAAAUUCAUGCCAGAAAAGCAAUGCCUCACAAAGGCCUGUUUGUUGUAACGUACCUACAAUCAUGGCGACUAAUACCGUUGGAGUUGAAAUUGCAGACAACUGGUACAAAGUAUCUAAAAUUAAAGAUAUUUUUUCAAUAUUCAACAAGAAUUCAGGAAGCACAUAUCAACUUGUGGCUGGUAAUACAGCAAAAGGUGUAUACCGAGAUAUGUCAAACAAGGACUAUUUUAUCGAUAUCUCUAGUGUAGCAGAACUGCAAGGCUAUUCUCACAACACAUCAGAUUUAGUACUGGGUGGCAAUAUUACUUUGCAGGAAACCAUAACUGUUUGUCAACAAGUUUCUGAAAUGGAUGAUGAUUUUAAUUAUUUGCAAAAAGUUGCUCUUCACAUUGAUCUUGUAGCAAAUUUGCCAGUUAGAAAUAUUGGAACUAUUGCUGGCAAUCUAAGUAUCAAGCACACUUACAGAGACUUUCCAUCUGAUAUUUUCCUGUUAUUAGAAACCAUAGGUGCAAUUUUGGUUAUAGACGAUAGCCGACGUCAACGCAAAAUGUCUCCCAGUGAGUAUCUGGAUUUUGACAUGAACCAGAAAAUUAUUAGGAGCAUUGAGAUUCCACCACUAGAUUACUCUUACCGAUUUGAGUCGUACAAAAUUAUGAAGAGAGCACAGAAUGCCCAUGCUAUAAUCAACGCAGGUUUUCUCUUUAAAUUUACAAACAAUUUUGUUGAUGAAUGCACAAUUGUGUUUGGCGGUGUUAAUAAUCAUUUUGUUCAUGCGUGUCAAACCGAAUAUCUGAUUCAAGGUAAAAAUCUCUUUAAUAAUAGCAACAUGCAAAAGUUUUUUGCGAAAUUAUUGUCUGAAGUCCAACCGGAUGAUAAGUUACCACAACCCUCACCAGAAUUUAGAAAACAAUUAUGUGUGAGUUUGUUCUAUAAAUAUAUUUUGGGUAUUGCACCUAUAGAGGCUAUCUCAGAAAAGUACAAAACUGGUGCGGAAAAACUACUCAGACCUCCUGUUUCAACUGGUGUUCAGGAUUAUAAAACAAACACAUCUAUGUAUCCGGUUGGAGAACCUAUUCAUAAAUUGGAGGCAGCAGAUCAAGCUUCCGGGGAAGCAAAGUAUAUUACAGACCAAGCAGAUAUUUACAAUCAGUGCUUUGCUGUUUUUGUUGAGGGUAAAGCGUCACCUGGAUCAAUUUUAAAAUCAAUCAAUGCUAAUAAAGCUUUGAAUAUGGAUGGAGUAGAGGGUUUCUUCCAAGCUAGUGACAUUCCAGGUGUUAACUCAUUUACGAUUCCAAUAGCAGCUUACGAUUUGGACGAUGAAGAAAUAUUUCCUGCUAUCGGCCAUAAACUAAAAUAUUAUUUUCAACCAGUUGGUGUUAUAGUCGCACGAUCUCAAAGUAUUGCUGAAGCAGCAGCCAAGUUAGUAAAAGUUAGCUAUGAGCCUGCUACGGAACUACCUGUACUUACCACCAGCGAAGCACUUGAUCAUCCUGAACGUAUAAAACAUUUUAAUACUUGGAUGCCAAAAAGUCAAAAUACCGAGGUUCCCGUAAAAUUUAAAGGCGUUUUUGAGUCAUUACCACAAUAUCAUAACUAUAUGGAACUUCAAGUAGCUUCAGUUCAUCCAGAAGACAAUGGUGAUUAUACAAUUCAUGUAGGUACCCAAUGGAUGAGUGUGGUGCAAUCAUCAAUAGCUAGGUCUAUGAACAUACCAGCUCAUAAAAUCAGUGUCAUUAUUAAACGAAUAGGUGGAAGUUAUGGUGGUAAAAUUAACAGAGCAAGUCUGUUAGCAUGUGCAGCAACAUUGGCAGCAAUCAAACUAAGGAAGCCAGUUAAAUGUUUUAUGAACUUGGAAGCAAAUAUGAACAUAAUUGGCAAAAGACAUUCAAUAAGGUCCUCCUAUGAAGUUGGAGUUGAUAAUGAUGGCAUUUUUGGCUACGUAAACAAUAAUCUCUAUAGCAACACAGGACUUUAUAAGAAUGCAGCAAUAGAAGAGUUCUUGUAUGAAGUAUAUGCAGGCCCCUAUGUGACGGAUACGUUUUACACUGAGGUAGAUAUUGUCAAAACCGAUACUCCAGCAGCGACUUACAUGAGAAGUCCUGGUUAUAUGGAAGGUAGUGCUAUUAUUGAGACUAUUAUGGAUCAUAUUGCUCUGAACACAAACAAAGAUCCUGUUGAUGUUAGAUUGGCUAACUUAAAAGAUAAUGAUUUAUUGAAGAAAAUUAUUAAUGACGCUUUAGACUUUUCGGAUUAUAGAAAUCGUAAAUCUACAAUAGAUAAAUUUAAUGAGGAAAAUAUUUGGAGAAAAAAAGGGAUUGCCUUAGUACCAAUGUCUUAUGCUCUUACUGGCUAUACUCCGUAUUAUGCACAAGUAUCAAUCUUUAUAGCAGAUGGUACGGUUGCUAUCGCUCACGGAGGUACUGAAAUUGGUCAAGGCAUCAACACUAAAGUAGCACAAGUGGUUGCAUAUCUUCUAGGCAUAGAUAUGAGUAUGAUCAAUAUCUGGCCUUCUAACAAUUUCAUUGCUCCCAAUAAUUUUUCUACUGGCGGGUCGGUAACUUCAGAGUCAAUAUGUAUGGCGGUCAAAGCAGCCUGUACCACUUUAUUAGCCAAUAUUAAUCAGGCUGCCACUGCUGCUAAUCUUUCACCUGAUGCUACAUGGCUCGAAAAAAUACAAAAUACAUACAACAGUGGUUUAUCACUCAGCGAGAAUGCAUGUUACUCACAUGAUCAAACCAAUCCCACGUUUUAUGUAGUUUAUGGAGCAGGUGUCAGUGAAAUUGAAUUGGAUGUGUUGACAGGUCAAAUUAUUAUACAGAGAGCUGAUCUUGUUGAAGAUACGGGUGACUCUUUAAAUCCUUUUAUUGAUAUUGGACAGGUAGAAGGUGCUUAUGUAACAGGUGUGGGCCAUUGGACGAGUGAAGAAAUUAUAUAUAAUGAUGACGGCAAGCUAACAACAAACAAUACAUGGAAUUACAAAAUUCCUGGAGCAAAAGAUAUUCCGGUUGAUAUGAGAAUCAAACUUCCGGAUGGCAUACCUAAUCCGUUGACUCCUUUUAAGAAUAAAGCAACCAGUGAACCGCCAUUUUGUUUGGCAUUUUCUGUUCCAUUGGCCAUUAAACAUGCAUUGCAGUCAGUUAGAACACAGUUUGCUCCAAAUAUUGACCCUUGGGCAACAAUGGAAGGACCAUGUUCGGUGGAAUGGAUUUUUAUGAACUCUAAUCAUGAUAUCACACAGUAUACACUGUAAUUAUAAAAUUAAGCAAAUUGAAGUAAUAUAAUAGAGCUGAAAGCUA